AUGAAGCGGGAGGCUGCUCGUUGGGGAGGAGGAAUGAAGGGAUUGUUUGACUUCACUCUGCUGGUCUCAUGGAUUCUGCUCUACGAAGUGGAACAGCAGCAUCACAAGAUUGCAAGGAAGUAUCCCGAGCGUACGGUCUUCACCACCGUGGUGGACACCUUCCUGGAGAAGCUGGCAGCAGCCGGGAGCUACCAGAGGUUCGCAAACUGCUACCGCUGCUUCUACAAACUGCAGCCCGAGAUGACCAGGAGCAUUUACGACCAGUUUAUAUCCCAGCUGCAGUCGUCCAUCAAGGAGGAGAUCCAGGAGGUAAAGGAUGAAGGGAAUCUGGAGGCGCUCUUUAAUUCACUGGAUAAGAUUGUGGAGGAGGCAAAGAACCGGGAAGAGCCCGCAUGGCGUCCCAGCGGGAUCCCAGAAGAGGACGUUCGCAGCGCUAUGGUGCCAUACCUCCUUAAGCACAGGUCAUACUUGCGGAAAGUCCUAAAGGAGAAGGAGGAAGAGAACAGGAAGGUAGCGGAGUCUGUGCUUGCAGGGAGGGAUAGGAUUGCAGAGCUGCAGCAGCUGAUACAAGCUCGCAAACAUGCCUGGCAGGCAAUUAGUAAAGAGCAACGAGAACUCAUCAUGACAUUCGAGGAGCCCCAGUGAGGAUGCGGGAAGAUUCUGCAGGGGGGAGUUUAUCCUCAUCUCGGAAGCACUGACAACGCGUUGGGAAGUGGGACUCUGCGCAUGGCGUAUACGAACCAGGCAAACUCGCGUUCCUCUUGUCGGGCCGGAAGAAACUUGAAGCGGGACUGCAAAGCUGCUGGGCUCGCGCAAUUUGAUCAAAGUUUGUGAAGAAAUAAAAAAAGAACACAUCAGGGUCUUUGGAAAUAGAUGACAAUUUCCUAUCCCCCGCCCAGCUCAACAGGGAGGAGAAUCCUACAGAUCUGAUAGCCAGAGCAUGUCUGUACACUCACACGCUUCUUUAGCGCUGUGACGGGCGUGAUUCUAGCUUACCAAAGCCAAAUUUGUGGCCUUGAAGCUAUUUCAGAUGUGCAUUAGAGAAAAAUCGGUGUCUUAUGCACAGAGGCUGUGCUGUGCACGGGAGCGAGGAGCCAGGGAGCUGUAGCACACGAAGCCAGCCACCGGGUAAACGCUACCGUGGCAUUUUGUACAGCUGGAGUGUAAAUAGCCACAUUGGACUCUUUUGCCGCAUUUUUGCAAGUGUUCAUUUUCCGUAUCUGCGUCUUUUAAACAAUUGUCCGCCCGUGACCCAUCAGAACAGACAUGUCAGCAGCUGCUUCCUUGUUGCCAUUUAUUCUUUUUUUCCAGUUAUUUUCCAACCCUGCUCCCCUCCCAGCAGAUACACGCUGAGGGCUCUUCUCCAAGGACCGCAGUGUGAAGGAGCCGGGGAUGUGCUGUUCGUGCGUGUGGAGACGAGCAGAGGUUAGAAUGGUCCUGCCUCGACUUUGUGGGCUCGUGGCAAAGGGAUUUGAUGUUUUCCUGUGAAACCUCCAUGUUGACUCCUGGAACCAGACUGGGUUUGGUUUUACCCAUCUGGAGUUGUUCUUUACCAUCUCAUCAGAAGUUUGCCAGCCAGGGAAGCAGGGACUCGCUGGAGUCUGCCUGCCGGGGCGUUAGUGAAAGCCUGCGAGUGAGGUGUUCCUUCAAAAUGAACAAGAGGGCCUUCCUCCGGGCUGGGCAGAUAAUGAGGAGAGUCUUACUGAGCCUGACAAGGGCUGACUGUGAGUCUAUUUCCAACAGACACCAGGGCUGCCAAGGGCGGCAGGUUCUCUGGUCACCUGUCGUCCUCUGCGCCUGUUACAUUUUUCGGCUGUUAGUGCAUGCUGUCCCAAGGAGAGGCUGUGCCCUGCGUGGUGGGGAAGUACAAAUUCUGAGAACAAUGGUGGCGAUUUCCACCAAGCACAAGCCCCUGUUUUCAAUUAGAGGUAGCCAGAGCCUGCGAUUGACUGACUUAGGGCAUAUUUUCCUUCUGUCGUAAACAAGCCUUCCCUCGCUGCAUUAUAAUCUAAAUAAAUUGGAGCUGUUGUUC